UCGUCUCUCAGGAUUAGAGCGUGACUUGUUCGCGCCAUAUAGACAAGCGGAAGGAAUUGCACCUCUUGAGCUUUGAGAAAUCGAGUCCGAAUUGGGGAAAGAUGCGUCCAGUAUUUCCGUGGGGCCGACUGUUGUUGGUUCUGUGUGGCUUGUUGUUUGUAAUCGAUGGGUCCUACGGGGAAUGUCCAGCCAGGUGUCUGUGUUUUAGGUCCACAGUGAGGUGCAUGUUCUUGCAGUUGGACAAGGUGCCCGACAUUCCUCCUGAGACAACGGUUCUAGAUUUGAGGUUUAAUAAAAUUCGAGAAAUCACCAAACAUACUUUCAAGGACUUGGGUAAACUAAACACACUGUUGUUGAAUAACAAUCAUCUGAUACGAAUAGAAGAUGAUGCUUUUCAAGCAACUCCAGAACUCCGAUAUCUGUAUUUGUAUAAAAAUCGAAUAAAGUUCAUUGGAAAAGAUGCAUUUAAAGGGCUGCAUAACUUGGAGCAAUUAUACAUUCACUUUAAUAAGAUUGAAAAAAUCGAGCCCUCUACAUUUGCUGAUUUGCCAUCAUUGGAAAGAUUAUUUCUUCACCACAACAAGCUCACAAAAAUACCUUAUGGUGCUUUUAAGAAGCUUAAAUCACUCAAGAGAUUGAGACUUGAUUCCAAUGCCUUAAUUUGCGAUUGUGAAAUUAUGUGGCUUGCUGAAAUGCUAAAGGAAAAUGAAGGUGUUACACAAGCAGCUGUUACAUGUGAACAUCCUGUUACUUUGCAAGGCAAACAACUGAUGGCACUUAGUAAUGAAGAACUUCGAUGUAAAAGACCAAAACUCACCGAAGAACCCAAUGAUGUCGAUGUUUCCUUUGGUGGAACUGCAUAUUUUACUUGUAGAGCAGAUGGAGAUCCUAAACCAGACAUUGUUUGGCUUCAUAAUAGCAAUGAGAUUCUUCCUGAACAAGAUGAAAGAUACAGCAUUCUUGAAGAUGGGACCCUUAUGAUUACUGAAGCACAAGAUUUAGACGAAGGAGUUUAUGAGUGUAUGGCAAAAAAUCCUGCCGGUGAAAUUAAAUCAAGGGCUGCAAAAAUGCAUUAUUUGAAAGUCAAGGAAAAUAAAGGUGUUUUAAAAUUUACAGAAAAACCAGUUGAUAGCAGAGUACCAGUGGGUUCUACUAUCGUUUUACCCUGCAGUGCUAUUGGCGAUCCUGAACCUACCAUUCAUUGGACUCAAAAUGGCAUUGCCCUUCCCCUUGUCUUUCGCUACCAUGCUUCUUCAACUGGAACAUUAACCAUCAAGAACGUCCAGAAAAACGAUGCUGGAGUUUAUCGAUGUGUUGCUACAAAUGGAGUGUCUACAAUUGCUGUUGAAACAAAAAUCGUCGUGGAAGCCCCGCCCGUGUUCCUGGAGAGACCAAGGGAUCAAGAAGCUCUUGAAGGGAAUAGUGUGGAACUCAUCUGUCUAGUGGAAGGACUGCCGCCUCCCAUUCUGUCAUGGUCCAAAGAUGGGUCGCCUGUCCGUAUUGGAAACAAAUUUAAAGUGUUGAAAGACGGAACACAUUUUCGAAUUGAAGAGGUGGUUGAAGAAGAUACUGGUAUUUAUACAUGCCAUGCUGAAAAUGAAAGUGGUCAGAGAAACUCAAGUGCUUUUGUUAUGAUCAGACGAAAUGUUCCUCCAGUUUUCUCUCGAGUCCCAGAAGAUCAAAGAAUUGAGAUGGGUUCCAGUAUAGAGCUGCCCUGUCAUGCAAAAGGUCAACCCAUGCCCCAAAUUAAGUGGAGGAAAAAUGGUAGCAUUUUAGGAAGUGAAUCUAACCAUCACAGGAUUAAUAUUCACGGCGAUCUCUAUAUGUUUAAUAUCCAGCGAGACGAUGAUGGAAUUUAUGAGUGCAUUGCUGAAAAUGAUGUUGGAAGAGCAUCUGUGUCUAUGAGACUCACGGUUGCAGAUGCGCCAAUUAUUGGAAGACCUGGUGACCGUUACCUAUUUAGUGCAGUAGAUGAAGCUCGUCAAGAAAUAGAUAAAGCUUUGAACCACACCCUUUUUGAUUUGUUUGGAGAGCCUCAUAAACGCUCACCUGGAGAACUGUUGCAGGCUUUCCGGUUUCCUUCCAAUGAAGCUCGUCAGUCAGCAAGAUCUGCUGAAAUUUAUGAGAGAGCUCUGGAGAUUGUUUGGAGUCAUGCUCAUGAUUCUGGCUCUCAAUUUAAUCUUACAGAGUUCUCGUAUAGUGACAUCCUGUCUCCUCAAAAGCUGGAGCUGUUGGCUAAUUUGUCUGGUUGCCUUGUACAUAAAGAACCACCGAGUUGUUCGGACAUGUGCUUCCAUCGCAACUAUAGAAGCUUUGAUGGGUCUUGCAACAACUUCAACCAUCCUAGAUGGGGAACAUCCCUCACUCCUUUUGUUCGAUUAUUGCCAGCCGUUUACGAAAAUGGAUUUAACACUCCUAUUGGAUGGACAAAAUCCAAAUUAUAUAAUGGAUUUCCAAAACCCAGUGCUCGAGUUGUUUCAACUCAAGUAGUAUCAACAGACCAUGUUUCUGAAGACAGUCAACAUUCUCACAUGCUUAUGCAAUGGGGACAAUUCCUGGAUCAUGAUCUCGAUUUUUCAAUGCCAUCCAUUAGUCAUGCAAGUUUCACUGACAAUGUCAAUUGUGCGACGUCUUGUGAACAGGCACCUCCUUGCUUUCCUAUUGAAAUACCACAUGAUGAUAGGCGCAUAUACACCACUCGAUGCAUGGAAUUUGUUCGCUCAAGUUCUGUCUGUGGAUCGGGUAUAACUUCUGUUUUCUUUAAUAAGGUGGAACCUCGUGAACAGGUCAAUCAAUUAACGGCAUUUAUUGAUGCCUCUAAUGUCUAUGGAAGCAAUCCUUCAAUUGCACAACAUUUGCGAGAAAUGAGUAGCAACAGAGGACUCUUAAGAUCUGGUGUGUUGAUGUCAACUGGCAAACCUUUGCUUCCUUUCAAUGAUGGCCAACCUAUAGAUUGCAAAAGGGAUCUAGCAGAGAGUACUGUGGACUGCUUCUUGGCUGGUGAUGUCCGUGCUAAUGAGCAGUUAGGUCUUCUUUCCAUGCAUACAUUAUGGAUGCGGGAGCACAAUCGAAUUGCCAAAGAACUUUUCAACUAUAAUCGCCAUUGGGAUAAUGAUAAAAUCUAUCAUGAAGCAAGAAAAAUUGUGGGAGCAAUUAUGCAGCACAUUACUUUCGCCCACUGGCUACCCAAGAUUUUGGGUAAAGAUGGAUAUGCCAAAUUAGGACCAUAUACUGGAUACAAACCUGAAAUUAAUCCAUCAAUUUCGAAUGUUUUUGCUACCGCAGCUUUGAGAUUUGGACAUACUCUUAUCAAUCCUGAACUUUUAAGAUUAAAUGAAAGUUUUAAGCCUAUACCAGAAGGUAAUAUUCCUCUUCGAAAAGCGUUUUUCGCUCCUUUCCGUCUUUUGGAAGAAGGCGGUAUUGAUCCAUUAAUGAGAGGUUUAGUGUAUGCUCCAGCAAAAUUGAAGCGUCCAGAUCAAUUGUUGAAUUCAGAUUUGACUGAACAUUUGUUUACUCCAGCCCAUUUUGUUGCUCAAGAUUUAGCUGCUUUAAAUAUUCAAAGAGGAAGAGAUCAUGCUUUACCAUCCUAUAAUGAAUGGAGAAAAUACUGCAAUUUAAGUGUGGCAGUAACAUUUGAUGAUCUGAGAAGAGAAAUAAGGAAUGAUGCUUUAUUGAGGAAAUUAAAGCGAUUAUAUGGGCAUCCAGAUAAUAUUGAUCUGUGGGUUGGUGGAAUAAGUGAAGACAGCGUGGGAGGAGCCAAAGUUGGUCCUACAUUCCUUUGUCUGCUCAUUGACCAGUUUAAAAGAGUUAGAGAUGGAGACAGGUUCUGGUAUGAAAACCCUGGUAUAUUUUCUCCUGAUCAGUUGCACCAGAUCAAACAAAGUUCUUUGGCUCGAGUGAUCUGUGAUAAUGGAGAUAAUAUUACUACAUUGACUGAAGAUGUUUUUACAGUUCCUCAACAUCAAUCACCUAGCUUCCGUUCUUGUUCUACCUUACCUCGAGUUGAAUUGAGUGUAUGGACAGAAUGCUGCCAAGAGUGCAGUGCUUCAUCCAACAAUAAUGAAAUCAACAGUAUUGGUGUUCGUAUCCGGCGAUCUUUUGUAGAUCGUUACGACCACGACAAUGAUCAUGAUCGCACAUUCAAUGAUUCACCUCAGAAUGUAUCGUUUCAUCACAUAAAUGACAAUGAAUUUGACAUCACAGAACAAAGAAUUGAAGGAAUUGAAGAAUUAGUUGGAAAGCUAGAUAAAACUGUACAAAGAUUAAGUAAAAAGGUUCGAAAGCUGGAAACUGAGUAUAAGCAUCGAAAGGAUGGGCACUGUAUAGAUAUUGAAAGAAAUAAAAGAAGAAAUGGAGAGACAUGGCAGAGUGAUAAAUGCUCCAAAUGCAGUUGUGAGGACAGUCAAAUCACCUGCUGGGUUGAAAAAUGUCCUCCUAGUCAGUGCAAGAAUCCCAGAUUCAUUGAAGGAGAAUGUUGUCCAGUGUGUUGAAAUUCAAAUAUUUAGCUGUUUAUACUGCCAAUGGUUGUUCAUUUGUGUGUUGUAAAUAUAAAAGUCACAUGUGAUUUUUGUAACAUUAUACAGGGUGAAAAAUUUAUAUUAAAAAUGCAAUUUUCAAAUUCAAAAGUACUAAAAAAAGAGAUGGAUUAAGGCAACUGCUCUUUUUAAUUUGAUAUUCUGCCAUUAUGCAAUACAUUAUUUCUUCUGAAUAAUUAAUAAGUAUUUUUAAUUAACAUAAAAUAAUUCCAUAUGUUCAUGUUACCCACCUUUGGAUUAAUAUAUUGCAAAAACUAAUCUUUUUCUUUCUUUUUUUUCCUUGCCUUCAUUCACAAAAUAGUUAACAUUAUAAUACUGCUGUGCAGUAUUAUCUUUUGUAUUGCAAGGGGUCCGGUCUACUCCUUAAUAAUAGAAAUUAUAAUUUGAAUGCUUGGCAAAUCAAAAUUUUAGCCCUGUAUUUCAAAAAAUUUAGUUUAUACAUGGAAGAAACCAUUUGCUUUUGUUGCUAAUACAUGCACACCCUUUUUUGUUAUGUACGAGAAUCGACUAGAUUCAAAAACAGACUGCAACCAAGUGCAUCAAAUCUUAAUUUUGUAACUGUAUUGUCAAAAAAAAAAAAAAAAAGCAUUGGAAAGCAAAAUUGAUAUGUUACAGAGAUUUAGUCUUGUUUAAAGGUAUUAAAAACAAUGCAAUACAUUUGCAAAUUAUAUUUUCUGUCUUUUAAGCAAUAUUUAAAUUACCUAAGUGGGAUUCCGUGAAAGUAUCCACUAAUUAUUUUAGUUAUAUUUAUUAAAGCCUGAUAAAAGUUAUCUGAAGAUUACAAUUACUACUAGUAGUGAAUGAGGGAAAUUCCUAAUUAUUUUAUUCAAUGCUAACCUUUUUAAUCAAAACUUCUACAUGACAUAGCAGUGAAUCACUUUGAUAGUUCUAAGAAUCAUUAAAUAUAAGGCAUUUCCAUAUUGUUUUAUUUGGUAAUCCACAACUUUAAUUUAUGUUUAGUACUUAAAAUACUAUUUUUUACCGUGGAUCAUAUGUUUAAAAUAUAUUUACUCUUUUCUUAAUAUUAAACAUAAUGAUUAAUGUCAAGAAAUAUGGUAAUGAAUCAAAGAUUAAAACUUUUUUGAACAUUAUAAAAACUGUAGUUAAAAGAAAUCCUGCUAUUAAGAAAGAUUUGUUAUAUUGUCAAAAAAUAUUAAAAU